AUCGGAUCCAGAAAGCUCAGGGACAGAGUUGAAUGUUGAGUUGCCUGAACCAUCCAAAAAGUCCCAUACCACUAAUAUGCCUGAUUUAGGUGUUACUUUUGCUGAACAAGAACAGCCCAUAGAUAUACAGGACAACUGUAAGAAUAUCCUGAUGGAUCUAGAAACUACUUCUGAUCUCCAAAGUGACCAAAGUGACCCCAAACCAGAACCAGAUAGCUCAGAGUCAUACCAGCAGAAAACAAAAGAUGCGAGUAACGAAAAGGAUACUGUGGAUAUUCUUGGCCAAAGUAAAUCCCCAACCAAAUCAGCAAAAUUCCUUAAAAGCCACAUCAAUUAUUGUUUUGUAUGUGGAAAACCUCAAACAAAAUUUGCACGUCAUCUCGAGAGGCAUGUAAAUGAAAAUGCUGAAAUCGCACAGGCACUCCAGUUCCCCAAAUCAUCAAAAGACAGAAAGGUUCUUCUUGAGAAAUUCCGAAACCUUGGCAACUUCAAGCACAACUCGGUUGUUAAAAUCACAGGAUCAGGAUGUCUUAAAGUGAAAAGGAGUUCCAAACAGAGCAGCAGCCCUGAGAUGUAUGAUUACUGCUUGUACUGUAAAGGUAUGUUAUCCAGAAAAGAGCUUUCUCGACAUAUGAAAAGAUGUGCUCUAAGACCAGAGAAUAAUGUUGAAGAGGGACCUGAGUUGAGAGAGAGAGAGAGAGUCUUUGGUAUAGCAUCUGCUCAAUCCACAAUGUCCCAGCCAAUUUCAAGUGAACUUUGGUCAGUGCUGGGCAAAAUGCACAAGGAUGACAUGUCCACUGCAAUAAGGAAUGAUCAUUAUCUCAUGCAGUUUUCCCAGUCCCUCUUUAAUAAGCAUGGAAGUGACAGAUCAAAGCAUGAGUAUAUAAGACAGAAAGUAAGGGAACUUGGGAGAUUACUUGUGACUUUGCGCCACACAACAAGAAUCCAUAACAUGGAAGAGGCAAUAAAACCAGGCAACUUCUUUAUUCUUACUAGUGCUGUCAAGAGAGUUUCAGGUUUUGAUAACAAAAACAACACAUUCAAAGCCCCAAGUUUGGCCCUGAAAAUUGGGCAUUCUCUCAGAAAGAUAAGUGACCUCAUCAUGUGUCGUGCUGUCAUGGAAGAGGACCAAGAGGUGAUUGAUUCCAUCAGGAGGUUUCAUACACUUCAUGAAACAAAGUGGUCCGAAUUAGUUUCCCAUUCUGCCUUAUCAAACCUGAGUGAGGCAAAAUACAACAAGAGCACCAGGCUUCCACUGGCCAAAGACGUUCAGAAGCUACAGUUAUAUCUUGGUCAGCAAGUGGAAUUGACUAAGGAGAAACUAGCCGAUAACCCAACAGCAGGCACUUAUGCAGCACUAGCAAAGGUGACCCUCUGUCAAGUCAUUUUGUUUAAUAGGAGGAGGGAAGGUGAAGUGACACGGAUGACUGUAAAAAAUUUUGAAGAUCGUGACUUGUCCCAACUAAAUGAUGACAUAAGCACUGGGCUUACAGAAGUUAAGAAGAGACUUUGCAAACAAUUUGCCAGAGUGGAACUGAGGGGGAAAAAGACAAAAGGUUGCUGUGAUCCUGACUCCUGAUAUGACUGCUAACCUGUCACUCCUCAUUAGUAAGAGGAAAGAGUGUGGAGUAACUGAAAACAACAAUUACCUCUUCGCUAUUCCUUGUAGUGAUGGUCACUACAGAGGGCAGUUUGGUCAGUUUGCAGAUGCUUGUGGAGCCGAAGAUCCUCAAAACCUCAGAUCAACUAACCUUCGCAAACAGAUCGCCACAAUAAGCCAAGUCAUGAACUUGAAAGAUAAUGAACUGGACCAGCUGACCGAUUUUCUCGGUCAUGAUAUUAGGGUGCAUAGGGAGUACUAUCGACUGCCCCAAUCAACAAUUCAGCUAGCUAAGAUCUCGAAACUGCUUAUGGCUAUGGAGAAGGGAAGUGUGAAGGAUAUUCAAGGAAAAUCUUUGGAUGAAAUUGGUGACAAUGAAGAAAUGUUGGCUUCUGUGACUUUUGGAUCGCCUCACCUCUCCGAGUCUGCAGCUCAAGAUGACCAGGGGAACGCUGCCUGUGUAACUUCUGGUUCACCUCAUCUCCCUGACUCAGUUACUCAAGGUUUCCGUGUUUCAUCAAGGCGGUGUGUGAAGAGACCAUGGUCUGAGGAGGAGAUACAGGCUGUGAUGAAACAUAUGAGGCCUUUUAUUGAAAACGGUGUCACUGUCACGAGUGAGCAGUGCCUGAAGUGCAAGGAAAAGGAACAACCUAUCUUGGAGACAAGAUCCAUUCAAAACAUUAGAGAUUUUGUACACAACAGAGGCUUGGCCUUUAAAAGGCAGUCAAAUGCUAAACACUAAAUGCACUUUUGGACAGCCUGAGCCUUUACCUUUCUAGACAUGUUUUAAAAGUUGGUGACCUGUGUUCAGAAAUGGUUUAGGUAACUUCAUUUAUUUUGCUCACAGGCAGUGUUUUGUUUUGUUUGUUUUUGCUAUGGGCCUUUUAAUGUCAGGAUUCACUUUUAUUUCUUAAUUUUUACAAUGCUGUCCUUUAAGGAAUUGAUUCUUGAGGUGACUA